AUGUCAACCACAACGACGGUCACACAGACCGAGCAGCCUUCAGCACAAAACAUCCUCCGCCUGUUCCCUGAAAUCAACACACAACUCGCGGAACAAACAGCAAAUUCCGCGACUCGAGAUGCCGACCUCGCCGGGUACGACGAAGAGCAGAUACGGCUCAUGGACGAAGUGUGCAUCGUCCUGGACGAGAACGACAUGCCAAUCGGCAGCGCGAGCAAGAAAGUCUGCCAUCUGAUGGAAAAUAUCAACAAAGGACUCCUUCACCGCGCUUUCUCCUGCUUCCUCUUCGACUCGCAGAAUCGACUACUCUUGCAACAACGAGCGACAGAGAAGAUCACGUUCCCAGACUUAUGGACAAACACAUGCUGUUCGCAUCCUCUGGGCAUACCCACCGAGACGGGUUCGACGUUGGAGGCAGCUGUCGCAGGCGCGAAGAGGGCUGCGCAGAGGAAGCUGGACCACGAACUCGGGAUCAAGCCUGAGCAAGUCCCUCUCGACAUGUUCCAGUUCUUGACGAGGAUACACUACAAGGCUCCCAGCGACGGCAAGUGGGGAGAGCACGAGAUCGACUACAUCCUGUUCAUCAAGGCCGAUGUGGAUCUGAAUGUGAACCCGAACGAGGUGCAGGACACGAAGUACGUGACGUCAGAUCAGCUGAAGCAGAUGUUCACGGAGGGCAAGCUGCAAUUCACGCCGUGGUUCAAGCUCAUCUGCGACACAAUGAUGUUCGAGUGGUGGGACCAUCUAAAUGAUGGACUGGAGAAUUACAUGAACGAGGAGCAGAUCAGGCGGAUCACCAGCUCGACCACUGAGAUGAACUUACAGCUAGGUAAGAAGGAACAAUGCGUCGGCAUGGCGAGCAUAUCAAAGGGCAAGGUCGACUACCAGCACGGCGCUUCAUACACCAAACAUCGGUGCGGCCAUUGA